AUGAAAUUGCAUACUGAUGUUUGCUUAUUCGACGAUCUAGCUGCUAUAGAUUUAACUUUUAUUAACUGGAAUCUAUGGACUUGUGGGGGUUUGAUUCUUUUAUAUUAUUCUGACUUGCUAAAAUCUCUAUCAGAAUGUAUCCGGACGUGUUCGUACAACAAUCAAGUCAGUACCUCAGAAUGUAAAAAAGUUCUGUAUAAAGUCCUCAUAUGGGAAACCAGCUGUGAGAUUUUGGUAGCUCUGUUAGUGGGGUUGCCAAGAUAUGGAGUAUAUGUUGCAUUUUCUCCUGUAAGUGACAAUGUAGCAACUGCCUCAGCUGAUCGUACUGCAAAGUUGUGGAACACAGAUGGCACUUUAUUGAGAACAUUUGAAGGUCAUUUAGACCGCCUAGCUCGUAUUGCCUUCCAUCCAUCUGGGAAGUACUUGGGCACUACAAGUUUUGACAAAACUUGGCGUUUGUGGGAUAUCGAAAGUGGUGCUGAGUUGCUUCUUCAAGAAGGCCAUAGCAGGAGUGUUUAUGCCAUAUCUUUCCAUCCGGAUGGAUCAUUGUUAGCAUCAUGUGGACUGGAUUCUCUUACACGUGUCUGGGAUCUUCGAACAGGGAGAAGUAUUCUUGCUUUGGAAGGCCACAUCAAACCUGUUUAUGGAGUUGAUUUCUCUCCUAAUGGCUAUCAUUUGGCCACUGGUUCUGAGGAUAACACUUGUCGGAUUUGGGACUUGAGAAAGAAAAAGUCAUUGUACAUAAUUCCUGCCCAUUCAAAGCUUAUUUCACAGGUCAAAUUUGAGCCUCGGGAGGGAUAUUAUUUGGUCACUGCUUCAUAUGAUACAACUGUUAAGGUAUGGUCAUCUCGAGACUUCAAGCUUAUCAGGACAUUGUCAGGACAUGAAGCAAGAGUUACACCCUUAGAUGUCACAGGAGGUAAGAUCUUUUCUCUUGGUAAACUGUAGUAAAAGUGAUGCGUGCAAAAUGGGAACUUAUAGUAGCAUCUCAUUACAAGUUUAUAACUGUCAUCUUGGGAUGGAAUUAUGGUAAAGUUUAUGGAAGUUGCCACUCAAAAACUGAAUUUGUUUAAAUACGUUACAUUCAACAACAGAGAUAAAGUGAAUGCAAUUUGAUAUAAAAUAUUGUAUGGGUAACCUAUCUCUAAGAUCUCACCUCUCUCACUAAGUCUCACUCCAGCGACAAAUCUGAAAUUUGACUACCUAAACAACCAAAAUCCGCCGGGAAAACAGUAAAUCCGGCGUGUCAA